UAUUUUACACACUCUUAGCUGAAAUAAAAUAGAUAGAUAAAGUCCACACCACAGACCCAGCACAUGUUGUCAUGGCAACAAUGACAUUCCCUGUUUGAGGCCCCAUCAAAAUUCAAAGAAUAAUGCGUUUAUUUCUGAAAAUGAAGCUUGUAAAGAGAGCAAUUUCUGAAGGCACGAUUAGAUUGAUUCCUGACUUUUGCUAUGAAGCAAUGAAAUGAUGAGUUUGAGAACUCACAUCUCACAAAUGCGAGCCUCUUAUAGGUGGCCAGUUAGGAUUUUCUGAAUAUUUAUUUAAUUUUUACUUGAUCCCGAACUUGUUAUUUUUUUUACUGUGUGGUUUUUUUGUUUAAUUUUUGAGGCUGAUUAACUCCUCAACAUGGGUAGAAAAGGGAAAGGAGGAAAAGGCAAAAAAGGGAAAAAGGGGAAAAAAACUGAGGAAGAAGACAAAAAUCUUUUAACAGAGGUGGACAAAGAAUUCUAUGAGCUACAAAUCACCGACCUGAAUCGAAAACUUGCAAGACUUCGAUCACAAUGUGCUGAACUUGAGCUCAGCAACACAGAUAUAUCAUCACAAAGAAACAAGCUAGAGGAAGAUCGAGCAGAUGUUAUAUCUUUUCUUAAUCGCACCUUAUCAGAAAAAGAAGAUGACAUCCUUGAGCUUAAGGAGAGGCUGGAAGGGUUGCAACAGACCCGUGACAUGGAAACUAAAGCAUUCAGGGAGAAGGUUGAACAAAUGGAACAAGAAUUUAAGGCAAUGCAAUUGCAACUCACAUCAGAAGUUAAACUUUUAGCUGGAAAAUUGAAUGCUCUGGAUGAAUUUCGAGUUCAACGUGAUGACCUGAUGGCAAAGUUUGUCACUCAAGAAAAGCAAAUGGAGGAGCAGACUCAAAACCAUGCACGAGAGCUGUAUGAAGUAGAGCGCAAAUUUAUUGUUGGGAAAGAUAGCUUGAAGAAGGAGAUGGAAACAAGGCUACUCCAGCUAUCAACAGAGUUUCAAGAAGCCACGGAAUCUAGAAUAGCUAGUACCACUCAUAGAGUGAUAAGGGAAAACAUAGCAAUCAACAAUGAGCUUGAUUUGAUGCUAGUGUCAACCAAAGAACUGACAGAAGAAAACAGCCGUAUGAGGGAGAAAGAUAGAGAAAUGAAAUUGACAGUAGAGUUGCAUGAAAAGGAGAAAAAAAUGGCUCUUAACAGAAGUGAAAUGCAAAGCAAGCUUAUAGACAGACUAUCUGUGGAACAUGCAAAGCUAUCAACUCGUGUAAAAGAGCUGACACACUACCAAUCACUGUCAGAACAGUAUAAAAAACAAUUAUCUGAAGCUGAGGAACGGCAUAAUAAUAUGUGCACAGAAAUGCGUAAACUUAAGAGCCAACUUUUCUCAAGUGCUUCUGAAAGAGAACAUAUGCUCCUGAAAGUGGCUAACAUGCGUCAGUACGCAAACAGAGUGAACAGCACGUUACUUGCGGCAGUUAAUGCUAUUAAACAGGCAUUGGAGAUUCAAGACCAUCCAUCAGGAGAUGAGCCACUUGAUCUGGCUCUACGGGACAAUCUGCUUGCAACACUGCUGGAAAUGCUUACGAAAUAUGACUUGUGCAACCUGCAGCCAAAUCCUAAGGAGACAGGGUCGUUAUCAACCAUACAGCUUUCACUUCUUGCAACAUCUACAUCUGCAUCUGGAUCUGCAUACCGCAGCGGCGAUUUGGGCCUCGUGCCACGAAAGGAGGAGACACACACACCCAGCACAGAACCAGAUGCGCCAGUGGCACAGUGACAAGUAUUAAUUAUAGGAGCAGUAAAUGACCAUAACA